CGCGCGCGGAGAGCUACGACGUGACGCCGCGAGGCUGACGCGCUGUAACGUAUUCUGAAGGCCCUCACGGACCGUCGCACAUCGCGGGAACGACCGCGCACGCGCGUUUCACGCCGCCAUCGACGAGCUCCGAGCGCGUAAAUUCGCUCGGCGGUUCCAUCAACUAACGUUUCGCGGCUCCACUUGUACACGGAAAAGAUGCCAAAGAAACGCGGAGGAGGUCAAUCCAAAUCCCUCACCGUGGAGGAGCUCAGCGCCAACUUCCACCUCCCCAUCAACGACGUCGCGCGCAAGCUCGGACUGUGCGUCACCGUCCUCAAGCAGCGAUGCCGCGAGCACGGCAUCACGCGGUGGCCGUACCGCAAGGUGAAGAAGCUGGAUACCAUCAUCCACGCGUUGGAGGUGGCGGCGCCGGGGCGCGCCGCCGCCGCCGCGCCGAUCGCCGCGGACUCCGCGGAGGCGUCGGAGAAGCUCGCGCUGUCCGUCGGCGACGCGGAGAGAGAGCGCUUGGAGUCCGUGCGCAAGACGCGUGAGGUGCUCAUCACGGACCCGAACAGCAAGGCGCACCUCAGGAUCGGCAAGCUCAAGGCUGUUCGCCGUCGCGUCGCGCGCGUCUCCGCCGGCGCGGGGGGCGACUCGUCGGACCGAGACACGACGACGGACGAUGGCUACGCGCGGCGGCGGCUGUCCACGGGAUCGGGGAACUCCGGCGGCGUGGACGGUCUCCUCGAGGCCGCGGCGUCGCUCUCGGACGGGGAAACGACGCCCGGGACGCCGAGACGAGGGGCGAAGGGGGAGCACACGCCUCGCGAGCGCUCGCCGAGGACGUCCGGGCGGAGCACGUUCGGCGACGACGACAUCGCGGAGGAGCUCGGGAACGCCGCGGCGGCGCUCGGGGCGCUCACCGAGGCUGCGCUCGGUCGCGCGUCCGGCGGCGGCGGCGAAGCGCAAACUGCUUCGAAGCCGGCGGCGGCGGCCCUGAUCGCGAAGCCGGCGCCGGCACCGGCGCUGGGCGGGUUCGACCCGACCGCGUUCGCCGCGCAGCUCGCGGCGUUUACGCCCCCGCCCGCGGCGGCGGCGGCGGCGCAAGCCGCGCGAGGCGCCGCGCCGGUGCCGACCAUGCCGAACAUGAUGGCCGCGUGCAUGAACCCGUCCCUGAUGUUCGCGUGGAUGAGCGGCGUCGCGAACGCGGCGGCGGCGGCGCAGCCGGCCGGCGUCGGCGUCGGCGUCGGGCCAGGGCAGGCGGCGGGGGCAGCGGCGUGGAAUCCGAACGCGUUCGCGCAGAUGUUGGCGCAGGCGAACGCGUUCACGGCGAGGGCGCAGGCGCAGGCGCAGGCGGCGGUGCAGGCGGCAGCGGGGCAGCAGAGCGCCGUCGCGCCGCCCGCGGCGCCCCCUGCGAAUAUCGAGUCCGCGCACCAGCCUCUGUGAGGAGGAUGGUGGGCGACGCGCACCGACGCGAGAGCGCUCCGUCGGGAGUAUUUUAUCGCGCCCGGGGGAGACGGAACGAAUUUCCCCGGGCAGACCCUGUACAACACUCCUAUUAUUCUUUUGCCCCGCGGCGUCGGUCGCUUUGUUGUAAUACGCGACGACGACGACGCGGGGUUGAUUAUGAAAUUGAUUCUUUGAUUUAGCCACCGGCGCGGGCGCCGAUGGCUGUACAUAACUUGUCAGUGGGGGACACGUUCAACGAGGAAUCUUAUCGAUUGUAUUAAGAUGCGAUGCCCGACGAAUGAA